AGGGGGCACGAUAAAUUUUUAUACGGUAGGGUACAGGACACAAAAACUCCUACCCUGCAUACCACUGCUCUGAAACACCUUAAAACUUCUCCAUCUACAUCACAAGAAAGCUACAAGUAUUUUUGCUGUAAUCUAACAAUAACAGUUGACUAUGGUGUUUGUUCGUCUUGUUUAUAAUGAUAAGUGAAGACUACUGACUACGAAUUGUUAGUUCUGUUAAAUAAUUUAUAAAAAAAUAUCAUUCAUUAUAUUAGCCUUUUUUUAUUUGCAUUUUUUCGUUUACCUGAUAGAUAUGGGUGAUACAGUACACCGACAUUGUUUACGUACUGCGUUUCUGUAUUGCUUUUAUCAAAUUCAAAGGAAACGUUUAGACAAUGUAUAGUACUACAAAAUGUGAUGUGUACACGUAACCUUGUUACCUACGACAUGUGAAUUAAAAGUAACCACUUUCUCACAUCUCACGUAAAAUUCUAGCUUGCUGUAUAUGGAUAAAUUUCUAUGGGGACAUUAAAACACUGGCGCAUGACUAUAUCUAUGUACGUUCGUCAAAAACUUAAAAGCAUCGAUGAUUCAUUUAUUUAAUAAUUGAAAAAUACCAAGAAAAAUACAAUUUUGAAAAAAUGAUUAUGUGCUAUUAUUCUAUGAGUCAUUCUCAUCAAAAUCAUACAAGUGUGUCUUUUAUUCGUCUUUAUUAUCUCUUGUUAUACCAAGCGUAAAAAUAAAAUCUAUGUGUUGUAUAGAUUCUGAUAACGACAGAAUACUUACACAGUAGAUAAUCACGAUUAAACAUUACCUUUUUUAAUUAAAAAUGAUUAAUAAUAUUUCGAAUUUAUUCAAAGACAUACUCAUUAGAGUAGGCCAAUUAUCGAUCCUAUUUUAUAAAAGAGUAGACAUUACUAAUUUUUUAUUGCAGAUUAUUUUUUCGAUAAGUAUUCACUUUUAUAAUCGUUACUGGCAGAAAUCUUUAUCUACGCAAGGCAGUAUCACAUCGACUAAUGAAAAAUAUAAACAAUUAAUAAAUCAAUCUGAUAUUGAAAUGUCAGAAAAUGUUCUGAUUUUAAAUAAAGAUAAAGAUUUAACACUAAUAUGGUUUGAUGGUCAUUUGGAUAUUGAAAUGAAACAGAGGUUAGAACAAUUUCAUGAGCAUAUUAUUCUUUGUUUUUCGAAUGAUCAAUUGAUGACAUCAAUUACAAAAAUUCAAAAACAUAAAAUUAUUCUUAUAGUUAGUGGUCAACAUUCUUAUCAAACAUUACAAUUGUUACAUGAUAAUGAUAAAAUAAAUUCAUUUUAUAUUUUUUGUUUCAACAACCAAAUGUAUCAAGACUUAUUUAUAGAUAAAAAGUGUUCAAAAUUAAAAGGUAUUUAUAAUGAAUAUGAUCAAUUAUUUAAUAAAUUAGAAAAUCAAAUAUGUUCAUUAUUGAAAUAUUUAUCAAUAUUUAGUUUAUUUGAUAAAAAUAAUAAAUCAAUACGAAAUUUAGAACAUGAAUCUAUUGAUUUCAAGGGCGCCCCGAUAAGGGGAGGGAGGUGA